AUGGCCGAUGAGAAUAAACCACACAUUCCAUCGGAAAUCAUAGAAAUUAUCCUAUCAAAAUUGUCAGUAAAAUCUCUUCAUAGAUUCAAAUCAGUUUCCAAGUCAUGGAAUACUAUAAUCACAGAUCCUUUAUUCGUACAAAAUCACAUCCAAAAAUCUAAGAAUUCAAACUCGCAUAACCUUUUCCUAAGUCGUGUGAGGUCGAGUUCUCCAAUCCGGUUUUCCGUGGUUAAAUUCGACGAUAAAAAAUUUCAGACCCUACCAGUAGUAAUAGAAGCCCCCUUUGGGUGUGGGUUGGUAUUAUGCUUUUGUGAUGGCAUCCUACUCUUAACCAACCAUUCGUACCAGAGACUUGUGUUGUGGAAUCCAUCUACUCGAACAGCGGAAAAGCUUUGGCAUCGGAAUGGCUGCAGUAAGGCGUCUUUCGGGCUUUGCCGCGAUCCAAACACUGACGAUUUUAAGGUUGUUGUUGCGGAUUGGUACCACUACUCAGUUUAUUCUUGUAAGAACAAAUCCUGGAUUAUGUUGACAAAAAAUUACGAAAUUGAAUCGACCGGUUUAGGUCUAAUGAACAGAAAUCCGAAAGGACUCUGUGUUAACGGGGCCAGCUAUUGGGUUUGGAGUUUCGAAAACGCUACAAAAAUAAUGUAUUAUGAUCCGAGAGAUGACAAGUUCAAGAUGCUGGAUAAGCCGGAAAAAAUAGACGACAGAAAAUUGAUUUUCUUGGUUAAUUUGAGGGGCUCCUUGUGCCUGUAUUGCAAUUUUCAUGGCAUAGAGAAGAACACAGUUCGGAUUUGGGAAAAGGAAAACGGCAUAGAUAAUAAUUCUUGGAAGGAGUUGAUAACCAUUAAAUAUCACAAGGUGUCGGUUUUUUCGGUGUUGCAGCCACUAUGUUUUAACCAAAAUAAGAUUGCAUUCACAGAAGAUUAUGAUAGAUUAGUAAUUUAUAACCUUUGUGAUAGAAGGCUUGAAGAAUUCAAAACGGACACACAGUUCUGGGACAUCGCAUCUGUUCCGGUUAACUAUAUGGAGAGUUUGUACUUCCCCAUUGAGAGAUCGAAACCCGAGAGGUAA